CCAGCUUCUGCUUUUGCGUAUGAACUCAGUCCGGGAACAGCGUAGACGUUUGACCGAGCUUGGUAAGUGUCAAACUAUUAAUAAAGGAACAAGUCUAAGUUACAUAAGCCAAUUUAUUAUUAUUAUUAUAUGGAGUGUAAGCUCGUUUGAGCAGGGCCCACUUGAAACUAUUGUUUGUAACUGUACGUUUUUGUAAUUGUCUCAUUUAUUGUUAAAUCUCCCCCUUUGAUAAUAUUGUUAAGUGCUACGGAAUAUGCUGGCGCUAUAUAAAUACCAGUAAUAAUAAUAAUAACCACUUGGUGUAGUGGUAAUAAUAUCUAGAGUCUCUCGCUGCGGUCUCCCAGCUUUGUAUCAAUAAUUUACAAGCAGUUUGACAACAGCAGGGACUCUCCACUUAACUUGGAGACUGCACCCCUACUUAGGCUUAUUGAUAAUGCAGAAUGACGCAUUAUCAAUAUGAGAGGUUUCCUGACAUCUGGUAACACAGUGCGCCAAACGCUGUAGACCUAGAUGGACAAAGUUUUAGAGGGGUUUACGGGUACUUGCCUUCAAGUCCUAUUACUUCACAGUCCGCUGUAAUCUUAAUGUACGUGCCACCAAAAGCCAAGUAGCUUUUAAUCCUAAAUCUAUCUAACUCUAACACACCCUAUCCAUAACCGUCAGUCCCCCGACCACAACCAACACCCUAAAAACCCAUCAUACACGAAACUUACUAUAGUUCAAACCUUUCCAACAGCACCAUGUUUAAGGAAAACUUCAAGCACCAUAGCUACUACAGCUCACUGUAGUGGUUAUGGUGCCCGGAGGAGAGUUCCUUUAUUUUUUUUUAUUAUUAACUGUUUAAUAAAGUUGCAGGUAUGUGAAUGCAGCAUCAAUAUAAGAUCACCCUUUAAGAGUAGGUACUAUAAAGAAAAACCGAUCUAAUCUAACUUCACAGUAAUUUCCAUCAUUAACAAGUUAGGGCUGUGUUAGUGAACGCAGACUGUCAUUCUGCAAUGUUAGGGUAAGCACACACUGCAGCUUUGUCCAAAGGUUACACUCUGCACACAAACACACAGUAAAUACACAACUCCCAUCCCAGAGCCAGGGGGUCACAUGACAAGGACUGGCCAGCUAGUGUCAUGGCGGCGCCCAGGCCGGCUUCAUGCCGUCACUUCCGGUAACCCAAACAGGGACAGCAUGGAGUUACUAAGGAGAGGAUCAGUGAGUGCUGGGGGUCAUGGUGGGAUGUGGGGUUGUUAUGGUAUGUAGAAGGAUCAUGUUUGGCUGUAGGUAUUCUCUGUGCUGUGCAAUAAAUACCAGUAAUGGACACAGACACACCAGGAAAUACACAGGAUCUGGGAUUCCAGAACAUAGAACAUUCAGAAUUAGGUGUAAAAGAAUCCAGGGCCAACGUUCUAAACGUGGAACAGUGACAUGCAAACCAGUCCUGCUGAUUGCUUUUUUUUUUAUUUGCCCAUAAUUCCAUAUUACACAGAACCUUACCCUGGGAGCCUGGAUACAAAAGGUUUCAGUGUUGAAGGUGAUCCUGGAUUUUACAGGACAAUAGGGGACAUUAGAAAGUGAAACAGGUGCUAUUUAGUUUCCAAGGUGAUUGUUCCUUAUUUUAAACUUUACCCCAGAGUAGCACCUGAGUCGGACUGUCCCUCAAAUGUAUAUCAGCUACAGAAGGGAUAAAAUCAAUUUUAAAAGAUGAAUUUAAAGUGGGGUAAACUAUUGUUUAUCAGAGUUACAAUGAGCCUGUUGCUAUUAUUAUGGUGAGUAUGCGACAAGUGAUUGUUUAUGUACCAUAUGAAAGAAAGAUAAGAACCAAAUACUAUUCCUUAGUAUGCCCCCCACCUCGCGUCUGCCAUAAAAAUAAUUUUUAAAAAGCUUAUUGCUUACCUUUUUCCAGCACCGAUGCUCCCCCUGGCUCCACUUACCUCCCUUCUUCAUGAAGGAGGCAUGGCUUCCACAGCGAUGGUCCAAUUCAGUUGUCCUCAUAGAGGCAUACUGAGAGCUGAUGUGCUUGUGUGGCGAGUUAUAUUUGGUUGUUGCAGCCAAAUCGCCUGUAGUGUCUGUUACUGUAACCAUCAUUGGGUGUGUAACCCUUCAAGGUACACAUUAGCGUUUCUGCAAAAUGGCAGUGUUUUACCUCGAUUGGUUUUAACCUUUCUAACCCUUCAGAUGUAAACAUAGCAGGGUUAAUCCAACCUCUAGUGGCUGUCUUCCGGACAGCCGCUAGAGGCGCAUAUGCGACACUGGAUGUGAAAUUCGCAUUCAGUGUGCAGAACGUCAAUAGGAAAGCGCAUUCCGCUACACUCAGGAGCUGACGUCAGCGGGGGGAGGAGCAGUGAUCACCAGUGCCGAGGGAGCCCGGCGCUGGAGUAAGGUAAGCUGCUGAAGGGGUUUUUACCCCCUCAGUGCCAAGCGAGGGGGACCCUGAGGGUGGGCGCACCCUUAUUAUUAUUAUUAUUAUUAUUAUUAUUAUUACCAUUUAUAUAGCGCCAACAGAUUCCGUAGCACUUUACAAUAUUAUGAAAGGGGAUUUAACUAUAAAUAGGACAAUUACAAAUAAACUUACUUGGAGGCCAUAAGCUUUCCUAAAGAGAUGGGUUUUAAGGCACUUCUUAAAAGAUGCAAGACUAGGGGAGAGUCGGAUGGCGGUAGGCAGGCUAUUCCUUAAGGCACUAUAGUGUCAAGAAAACGGGUUUGUUUAACUGACACUAUAGUGAUCCUUUAAAUUGACAGGACCACUGCAUCCAGGCCAUUGAAUAUCUUGUUGCAACGUGAUAAUUAUAACUCCCCAGCUAUGGCUGCGAUUUAGUAGUGUUGUAUAAAGAUUUCAAAUGAUUUUAUAUUUUUUAUUAAACUUUUACAAUUAUUUAACAUUUUAAUGUUGUAAUAUUUUGAUAUUGGCAAUGAUUUAUAUAUGAUCUAAUUUUAAUAUAUUUUUUUUAAAAUUCUAAAAAGUUAAUCCAAAAAUAUAAAAUUAUUUGAAAAGCGUAUCCAACAAUUUUAAAUCGAGACCUACUUUUGAUAAAGUAAGUUCCAUUGUGGUAAUGUCUCUAUGUAAGACCGUUACAGGCUUUGAUCUGCCUCUACAACUAAUCUAUAGACUGCCAGAGUGGGCACCUCAGAUAGUUAUUCACUUUUCCCAUGAUGCCAACGGAAGCUUAAGUCUCCCUGUGCAUACUGGGAAAUGUAGUUCGGGAACACCAUGGUUACUUCUCCUCCAUCUUUUUAUUUUGUAUAUCCUUUUAUAUACCUUUGCGUUCUGUGCUAGGUUAUAUACUUCCUACACUCUUUCUAAUGAAUCGUUAUUAAUUUAUCGCUGAUCUUUUAUUUCAAUGUUCCUUUUUUUUUUCUUUCAUUGUGAACUUUCAGCAAUUAAUGUUACAUGUAUUCUUAUACAAUAUCAGAAAUGUACUAAUAUUGUAUAUUUUUGUCUGUUGCACAGAGGCCAGCUCUGCAGGGGAUCCGUGGCCUGACACAGGUGCGAACUGUGCACCGAGGUCCUUUGAGAUUCUCUCCCCUUAUUCCUAUUGUGGUUGAGCAAACUGUAAGUGUAUCUGGUGCAUUGCUUUCCUUAUACAGACGUACACACAUUCUGACUUGGGGUACACGUUGAUGGCUAUAAAAUAAACUUUUGUUGGGGUUUAAAUGCGUCCAAGCCGCAUAGUGACGCUGUAGCUCCAGUCAAUUUGGAGGUUUUUAUGUAUUUUAGCUAACUUACAGUUAUCUAAUUGUGCUUUUAUAUUUAUUUUUCUUAAACCCUUUCUUUAUGAAAAUUUGUAUCAAAUGCAAGGCUCCUGUGAAACUGUCUCGUGAUCCCUAGCACACUAUCUGUGAUUGCACGUGGGCGAAGAGGAACAGUUAGUAAUGGUUCUGUUGGGGACAGUUCCGCAUAUCGGUACACAGAUUAUUUUUCCAGUGAUGCUCAGAGACCAGAGGGAACAAGUUUUCCGUUUAUUAUAAUGCUAAUGUUUAACCUGCGUAAUCACUCCUUAUAACUGUUUAUCUAAAACAGGGCGACAGCAAGGCACCAGUGAACUGUUUAACAAAAGAAAGGUAUAUUUAAAAAUAUAGAAACCCAAGCGGGACAGAAAUAGCCAAUUUUUAGUCUUUUUCCUGAGAUUUAACCUCCCCCUCCCCCCAAAAAAUAUACCCCCAAAUGUAUCUAAAUACUUAAAGCCACUAGUCGCCAACAGGUAGACCCCCAGCUGUAUGUGGAACUGUAGCUCUGAUGUUUAAAGUUGGCAAAGGCUUUUGAGAACUGUAGUUUUAGCUCCCUUUUGGUUCUCCCUGCACUGAAGACUGGUAAGGAGCCUGACAAACACCUGCUCAGUUCUUCUAAUCAGAUUUCUUCCCCCUGAGAAACUGGUUGCAAACUUGGCGUGGACUGGGCAUCCUCCUCUUUUAAAGCAGAAAAGCUUGCCCAUCCCAAGCUGGGAGCCACGGCUUCUUUAGAAUACAGGCAGAGCAGUAUGUUAUAAUAUAUUCAAUGUAAUGUCUCACUGUAUUUUAUAAGAUGGCAGGACAGGGCUAAUCAAAGCUGUUAUUCGUUCUCAGGGCCGCGGUGAGAGGGCGUAUGAUAUCUACUCAAGGUUACUGCGAGAACGUAUUAUCUGCUUGAUGGGACCGGUGGGUAUCACAGCCUUGAAACACUUUUCAGUUCAUUACCUGAUAUGGGAAUUGUUGGAGAUUUUUUCCUAUUAUGUUAAUUUAGCAUAAAAUGUGCUAUUUCCUUGUCCGUUAUCCUCAAUAUCAGGUUAGUGAAUAAACCGCAUUGUUUAGAUCAAACCUCCACAAGUGGCGCAGUCACGUUAAAAUUACUGAUUAUUAGAGAUACCGUAUCCACCAUGUUUUCCAGCUCUCAUAUCAUUUAUUCAAAGUGAUGAGCAACAUACAGAAAGUGCUGCCCUGCUGUAUGCAGCAGUCAAAUGCUGCAGGGAGUAAAUGAAGUGAUAAAUCAAUCAGAAAUCCUACAACAUAUGCAUUAUCCAUAACUCAGGGCAUCAUAUUCAUUCAACAUGAUGGAAUCAUGUGUGUUAAAGAAACAUGGUGGGCAUGGCAACCCUAGUAUUAAUUUGUACAGCCCAACGUGUUUAGCUUUCUGUUGUGUUAUGGUGUGUUAGGCAAUAAUGUUAAUAGUAGGAAGGCUCUGCAGGGGAAUGAUUUGUUUGCAUGUUCUCUGUCUCUAUCUCAUUGUAUAAUGAUACCAUUUUCAGAUCGACGAUUCCCUCGCCAGCCUGGUGAUCGCUCAGCUCUUGUUCCUGCAAUCUGAAAGUAACAAGAAACCGAUCCACAUGUACAUCAACAGCCCAGGUAUAGAUCCUGAACAGUUACCAUGUAGAUCCUGAGCGUAUACCAAUUAAAAUAUUUGUAUAUGGUUUGUGGCGAAUAGGUGCCAAGCUCUAUGAAAUAACUUAAUAUGAAUCAUAUCUUAUGCCAGCAAUUCCAUUUAAAAAAAAAAAAAAAAAUCUGCACAAGAUAACACAUAUUAUAUCUUAAUAACUUAGGGUGAUGCUUUACCCAUCUCUGGGACAGAUUGUGCUAUGGAGAAACAUUCUCUAUGAUCUGGACUGUCUUAAAAAGUAUCGCAAUUUGGAAUGAAAGGAAUGCUCCACACCCAGAAUGCACUUCAGCUUGCUGCAGCAGUGCUUUAUGGGUGAGGAGUAUUCCAUUUCAAAGUCACUUUAUAAAACUGCCAAUGUCCAUAAAAAAUAACUAAUGAAACAGCCUGCUUGCUGUUCAUCGGACACCCAGAGACGUUUUGCUUCUUGCUUCCCUUAGCUCCCUUGAGCUAACGGAAAUGGCAGUCUACUUGAGUGACAGUUAACCUGCGCGCGCCUGCGUACCUCCUUCUCAGAUCAGACCCUCGUGUCUGUGUGAUGGGGCACCUGUAGGAAAUCAGGCUGUUUUCCCUGGAGUUUUUUUCCUGGGGGAAAAGGGGAGAACUCGCACAGGCUGCAGUUCAUAAGAACUCCAGUUAUGGCACAAAAUUUUAAGAUACACUCGCAUAAAAUAUAUACAAAUAAUACGUAGGAGCUUCGCAAUUUAGAUGAAAACACUUUUUCGUAGCUAAAUAGAUCAACAGGCGGUGUGACUGAUAUGGCAGUGCUUAUAAAAAACACUAAACGUAGAAAACCAAAAAAAUAAGAUAUAUCCGUGUGCACACAAAACCCAGUGGGAGUAUAAAAAUGUAAUAUAAAUAAUACCACCAUAUAAUGAAGUAAAUUGGAUGGUACCUAAAAUAUAAACAUAAAACACAACAUACUGUGAACUGUAUACACUCACAUAUUCCAGAGCCGUACCAGGCUCUGUAUUGCCGGCUCAAGGGUGCCAAUUCAGGCUAUCGAUUCCACUGUCAGUAGUAGAAGAUGAUGAUGGGACUUCAAGUUGGUCUAAAAUAAAUUUAUUGAAAAUAUAACCUAUAAAACAACUCAAGGUACUAUGGGGGUGGAACCAGGCAUAUAAAUCCAAUAUGGUAAAUAAGCUAAACUUCCACUCACCACUAUAACUAGUAAUCAGGAGUAAGUAUACCAAAUAUAAAAACAAGUAUAGGUAACCCAAGGCUGUAGGCCUUCUUCCAGUGCUGGCUUCUAAGUCCCAAAAAUCUCCUUUUAUAUGCCUCGUCUUCACUGAUCACCUCGAGUUGUUUUAUAGGUUAUAUUUUCAAUAAAUUUAUUUUAAACCAACUUGAAGUCCCAUCAUCAUCAUCUUCUACUACUGACAGUGGAAUCGGUAGCCUGAAUUGCCACCCUUGAAUCCCCGCAAUACAGAGCCUGGUACGGCUCUGGAAAAUGUGAGUGGUAGUCCUACGUCUAUUCACAGUUUCUUUUGUGUAUACAGUUCACAGUAUGUUGUGUUUUAUGUUCAUAUUUUAGGUACCAUCCAAUUUACUUCAUUAUAUGGUGGUAUUAUUUAUAUUUAAUUUUUAUACUCCCACUGGGUUUUGUGUGCACACUGAUAUAUCUUGUUUUUUAAAAAUACGUGCUUGUAUUCAUUGGGACUAUAUCUACGAAACUGUGAUUUGAGUUUUAUUUAAUUUGCUUCUUCAUUUGGGCAGUGGAGUGUCCCUGUAAGUAUUGUGAGCAGAGUGAUUGACAUGGCCUCUAACCAAUAGGAAAUUGAAAAUUUCUAGUAAACAGACCUCUAAUCCGCUAGUCCUGAGGCAAUGCAAUUUACAGGCAGUUAAAGAACAAAGCACAGAAAAUCUAAUUUUUUUUUUUUAUUAUAUAAUAUAUAUUUUAUGUAUUUAUUUUAUAUGGGAGAUAGAAUCAGGUUUUAACUAUUACAGUUAUAAAAUGGAAGAUUUAUUCCAUUACUGAUCCUGCCGCCAGUUCCCCGGAUGUAGGAAUGGAUACCGGAUGCAAAGUAUCCGGCUAUGAGUGAGAUAAAAUGAAACUAUAGGAAUCGUAAAUUCCUCUGAUAGAUUAUGUGCAAGUCAGCAAAGCUUCUAACCUACCUGUGAUAGCUGUUUUUUAUCUUGAAUAUUACUUCUUACAGGGAAAAAAAGAUAGAUAGCAGAAAGCAUUUUCCUGACAUACUACACGGGCUGUCACCCGGAGAAUAAUCAGAUAUUGAUAUGGUUUUGUUUAGUAACCUGGAAAUAGUGGACAAUUAAGUUGCAGUUGAUUAGUAAUCAAACUUCAAACAUUCUCUGCUUCUGCUUUUAUUGUCUAAUAUUUGCCUUUCCUGUGUCAGCUUCUCACCCAAUUUCAGUUUUAUUCAAUUGUGAUCUGUAGUACGUGACUAUAAAGGAAUCAAUUAAUUUCUAAUUUCCUUUCUUGAUUUCACCUAAAACCAGUCAAAUAAAUGUAAAGUGACCUCUAACACUACCCUGACUCAGACCUGUCAACACCAGCAUUAGCACCUGUCACCGCUCAGUAGAAAGUGACACGUUUGUUGAUUGAUGAAAAUAUGUCGGUUUAUUACCGCGUCUUGCGGAUUCCGAUGUUUAGCUAUGUAAAAAAGAUGCAAAACCGCUCUUUCAUAACAGGACCUGUGUUACUUUCAUUUGUGUAAGUGAUAACUUUGCCUUCAUAUGGGCACAGUGUACGAACAAAUUAAAAUAAAGAAUUUAUACUUAAAAAGAAAAACCCACAAAAAUCAUGUCGGCAAUAGAUUUCCUGCUUCCUGCUCGGUGAUGAUACACAUUGAAGCCUUUCUUCUGUCCUGCGACUAGGUUAUGUCUGAGCCAAUAAUACGAUCAGCGAUCUGUUCAUUUUUAUUUCACUUCCAGCAGCUAAUUUGCAAGAAAAAUGUAGCUGUAGAUGCAAUGGGGUUAAUGCCAGUGUUCGCUAAUUCUGAACUUGGGUUGUUUGCAGUAAAAAAAAAAAAAAAAAAAUAGAAUAAGAAGCAGCAUAAUACCUACAUAUGUUUUGAUCCCAUUUGCAUUUAUCAAUGUACAAUGACCCCAAAGUGGCUGCACGGAGACCCCACCCCCAAUUCAUGAAAACAUGUCUGGCCAAUAGUUAUCGAGCAGCUCUCAUUAUGUUGCAUUUAGUAAGUGCUCAUUUGAUUAAUAGAGGAAGAGUCUCUAGGCAAGUUUUUAAAAAAUAUUUUUUUCACCAAAUAUAUUUGCAUAGCGCCAAGAAUACCCGGCGGUUUAAAAUAUAAACAAAAUAAUAAUGGCGCACACUAACCUGCAAUCCCACCACUUUUGCAGACUGAAUAUUUCUCUUUAUUUAUCUUAUUUUGUUCCGUUAUCCAGCAGUGAGAUAUAAAUAAACCUUGAGAAUCAGCUGGGAACGGACUAGAUCAGUAACGGCCUCUGGGAUUAAGGCUUAGUGCUCUGCUGGCGACUGGUGGGAGGCAGAGGAUAACAACAAUGAUUAGUUUAGUUCCCUCUAAGAACUGUUAGAGCCCCAUGACUUAUUCGAGGGGGGCUCUAACCGUAAGCAUUCAUUCUCAGUCAGUUCUACUUUCUGUUUGGUUUCUUUGUCCUUUAAUUUGAAAUUCACUUUCACUUUGAUUAAUCCUGUAAAUGGUGAAAUCUUGACAACAUUUUCUCAUAUUUGUUUGCAUUGUGCUUGAGUUCUCAUUCAUCGUGCAUACCAUAGGAUGUGGCUUCUGUCAAUAUUCAUUUCUGAGCUGUCAGGCCUGGAACACACAGUAAAGUGCUCAGAGGGAAUUGUUGUGAUAAGAUCAGAAUAGUUAGUCUGGCAGACUACUGAGAAGAAAGUGCAUUUGUGUGAAAUAUGGGAAUUAAUUAUGUUGGUCAAGGAAGGAUUGUGUGAUUAAACGGGCUGCGGGUGAAUAACGACGGUGGGGUGUGGAGGGAGGAUACACUGGUAGAAGGUGCUGAGGGGUGCGUAUUCAGAACCAGCGAGGGCACAGGAGGAUGAGGAGUGCUGUUAGGACUCGUCUGGUGUGAAAGCAGAAAGGAAGACACAAGCAGUGGUUGUAGGGGAUUUGGAUAGCAGGGCAAUGGAUUUAAAUAUGGGAUUUUUGCAGUUUAAAAGCUAAAGUCAGCCGGAUUCCCAGCCUAGCACAGCCGUUCUGGUGUGUUCGUAAAAUAUGUCAGAUGGAAUUUAAUUUUGAAAUUAUGUAAAAUUGCGACACGGAGACACAGGGGUCUGCUCUCAUAUAUAUCGCCCACUAGGGGACGGCUUCACUAGGGACUCAUUAAGUUAGGUCACCUGAUCUCUUGGUAAAAAUGGCUGGUUCAGCUCUGACAGCAUGCAAAGCGUAGUUCCCAGCCUCGCUAAGCAGACUGUGGGCUGAAACAGUGGGAUGUGAUUGUACAAUAAUGGUUAACCUUUGCAUUUUCCCAUGAUGCUCAGCAGGUCCUGGUUAUCACCAGCCUACAGUUUUCAGUGUGUAUCAAGUUUCACUGUGGGUUUAUCUUUCAAAAUGUGCAGUGUGAGAUUUGGAAAAUUAUACACAUUGAUCAUCUUCGUCAGUAGUGACAGAUUCCCAGCACCAACCAUUUUUAUUUGUUUUUCCUUUUUUGGGGGAGUUGCAGUAAAACAGAUUGGUGUAAUAUUUAACCCCACAACUUGCCUAAAGCCCCUUCCUAAUACCUAAACCUCAUGUUUUCUGCAUUUUCUUCAAACAUUCUACCUAUACCGGAAGCCUUUACAAUGAUACCAUGUUUAAUGAAAUGAGUGCAGUUUAUGAUGUUAUAAUUACAUUUACAUUGAAGCUCCAACAUGUUCUGCGGCGUGUACAAAGUUUAGAGUUAAGACCAGGUUGAAGAGUUACAAUAAAUGAUAUAUUUACAUAAACCAUCAGAAAGCAAGCCCUGCUGUGAGUCUAAUAUCUGGAAUGUGCAACAAUUUAUAAAAAGUGCUUAGUAAGAUGGUCCAAGAGCUUACACUCUAAAAGAGAUAGUGGAGAGUGAGACAGAAGUUAAAUAAGAAUUGGUUGUUUGAAGAAAACAAAAAUGUGCAUUAUAGAAAAUAUUGUUUGAGAUGUGAAAAUUAAAGAGAAGCCUUUUCAGUGCUGGAAAUUGUCCCCUGUGUUCUAAGAUACAAAUGUAAUUUCUAUGUUGUCUUUACGCAGGGGGAUCGGUGACAUCAGGCCUGGCUAUCUAUGACACCAUGCAGUAUAUACUGAACCCUAUAUGCACUUGGUGCGUGGGGCAGGCGGCCAGCAUGGGAUCCCUUCUUCUUGCCGCUGGAACCAGUGGGAUGCGACACUCUUUGCCGAACUCCCGAAUCAUGAUCCACCAACCCUCUGGGGGGACAAGGGUAAGGAUGGAGGGUGAUGGGAAGCAAGACCCAUAUUCAUGUCAUGGUGAUGCCAUCUGUUGGAAGGUUUCUCUGUAAAAGUACGGUACAGCCUGAGCCACGUGUUUGGCUCAGACAGAUUGGGCUAGAGUUACAUUACGGGACACCAUAAACUUUAACAUGAAAAAGUAAAGUUUUCAUGGUUUAAACCAGCGAUAGAACCAGCUCCAGUGCUGUGUUUUGCAAACCACAACUGAUCUGCUAUUGUAGGGAGGUAAAACAAAAAUUAGGAGAAUGCUGUAUAUUGUUAUAAACAAAAAUAAAUAAAUAAAUCCCCUUUUAAAUGGUGAAAAAAGGAAGCAGAAGGUUAUAUAGGAUAGAACUCACUAAUGAACAAUUUAACAUUGUCACAAAAAAACAAAACUGCUUAAAGAAACAUACUGAUAAUAAAAUGACUGAACGUUCUCAUGAAAUGAUCUUAUUUUGUGAGUAGUUUCUGUGUUUCUCUUUUUUUCUUUUUGUUCUUAGUACACAAUGCAGAUCAUUUUUUUUCAUUUCCUCGUCAUGGAUUUAUAAUUAAUAAUUAUUUUGAUUUUCCAACCUUGUGGUAUCAUCUUUGGUUUUAUCUUAUAUUUGUGAAUGGAAUUACUACAUUGAUGGUAUACCUUCCGUCCCAGAAUACACAAUUUUUUCCCUGGUUUCCUGCUUAGUGGUGUACUAGCAAAACCAUUAACAGAUUUAUUUAACCAAUCAUUAACAGGAGUAGUCCCAGAAGAUUGGAAGUUAGCGAAUGUUGUGCCCAUUCACAAGAAAGGUAAUAGGGAGGAGUCGGGCAACUAUAGGCCAGUAAGCCUUACUUCAGUAGUGGGGAAAGUGAUGGAAACCAUGUUAAAGGAUAGGAUUGAUAAACAUCUAAAAAUCACAUGGAUUUCAAGAUCAGAGACAACAUGGGUUUACUUCAGGGAGAUCAUGCCAAACUAAUCUCAUUGAUUUUUUUUGAUUGGGUAACUAAAAUAAUAGAUCAGGGUGGUGCAGUAGACAUUGCUUACCUAGAUUUCAGUAAGGCUUUUGACACUGUUACACAUAGAAGGCUUAUUGAUAAACUGCAAUCUUUAAGUUUGGAUUCCAAUAUUGUUGAAUGGGUAAGACAGUGGCUGAGUGACAGGUAACAGAGGGUUGUAGUUAAUGGAAUAUAUUCGAAGCUUGGGCUUGUCACCAGUGGGGUACCUCAGGGAUCUGUACUUGGACCCAUUUUCUUUAAUAUUUUUAUUAAUGAUAUUGCAGAAGGGCUUGAUGGUAAGGUAUGUCUUUUUGCUGAUGAUACUAAGAUAUGUAACAGGGUUGAUGUUCCAGGAGGGAUAAGCCAAAUGCCAAAUGAUUUAGGUAAACUAGAAAAAUGGUCAGAAUUGUGGCAGCUGGCAUUUAAUGUGGAUAAGUGCAAGAUAAUGCAUCUUGGACGUAAAAACCCAAGGGCAGAGUACAGAAUAUUCGAUAGAGUCCUAACCUCAACAUCUGAGGAAAGGGAUUUAGGGGUGAUUAUUUCUGAUCACUUAAAGGUAGGCAGACAAUGUAAUAGAGCAGCAGGAAAUGCUAGCAAAAUGCUUGGUUGUAUAAGCAGUAGAAAGAGGAAAGUGCUCAUGCCAUUGUACAGAACACUAGUGAGACCUCACUUGGAGUAUUGUACGCAGUACUGGAGACCGUAUCUUCAGAAGGAUAUUGAUACCUUAGAGAGAGUUCAGAGAAGGGCUACUAAACUGGUUCAUGGAUAGCAGGAUCAAAUUUACCAGGAAAGGUUAAAGGAUCUUAACAUGUAUAGCUUGGAGGAAAGACGAGACAGGUGGGAUAUUAUCGAAACAUUUAAAUACAUAAAGGGAAUCAACACAGUAAAGGAGGAGACUAUAUUUAACCCCUUAAGGACACAUGACGGAAAUAUUCCGUCACGAUUCCCUUUUAUUUCAGAAGUUGUGUCCUUAAGGGGGUUAAAAGAAGAAAAACUACCACAAAAAGAGGAUAUAGUCUUAAAUUAGAGGGGCAAAUGUUUAAAAAUAUCAGGAAGUAUUACUUUACUUAGAGAGUAGUGGAUGCAUGGAAUAGCCUUCCAGCUGAAGUGGUAGAGGUUAACACAGUGAGGGAAUUUAAGCAUUCGUGGUAUAGGCAUAUGGCUAUCCUAACUAUAAGAUAAGGCCAGGGACUAAGUAAAAGUAUUUUGAAAAUUGGGCAGACUAGAUGGGCCGAAUGGUUCUUAUCUGCCGUCACAUUCUAUGUUUCUUUGUUAAUAGUGAAAGCAUGGGGAGGUUGAUAUUUUUUCUAGAUUGGUGAAUGCUACAUAGAAUUGAGUUCAAUUAAUUGAAUCGAUUAUUCCCAUGAGCUGUAACCUUCUUUACUAUUAUUUCAGGGUCAGGCCACAGAUAUCGCCAUCCAGGCUGAGGAAAUCCUAAAACUUAAGAAACAGAUCAAUGAAAUCUAUGCCAAACACACACGGCAGCCUCUGUCUCUGAUUGGUAAGGCCCCAAAAUUAUUCCUUGUGAUUGCUGGUGUGCUUAUUAAUGGAGCCAUGCCAGUCAUCGUAUAAAUGAAAUGAAGUUUGUUUCUCCUACACCCAGUAUGGAAUCCUUAACCCCUUAAGGACCAAACUUCUGGAAUAAAAGGGAAUUAUGACAUGUCACACAUGUCAUGUGUCCUUAAGGGGUUAAAUGAACUCUAUAGUCACCUAAAUUACUUUAGCUAAAUAAAGCAGUUUUAGUGUAUAGAUCAUUCCCCUGCAAUUUCACUGCUCAGUUCACUGUCAUUUAGGAGUUAAAUCACUUUGUUUCUGUUUAUGCAGCCCUAGCCACACCUCCCCUGACUAUGAUUGACAGAGCCUGCAUGAAAUAAAAACUGGUUUCACUUUCAAACAGAUGUAAUUUACCUUAAAUAAUUAUAUCUCAAUAAAUUGAACUUUAAUCACAUACAGGAGGCUCUUGCAGGGUCUAGCAAGCUAUUAACAUAGCAGGGGAUAAGAAAAUCUUAAUUAAACAGAACUUGCAAUAAAGAAAGCCUAAAUAGGGCUCUCUUUACAGGAAGUGUUUAUGGAAGGCUGUGCAAGUCACAUCCAGGGAGGUGUGACUAGGGUUCAUAAACAAAGGGAUUUAACUCCUAAAUGGCAGAGGGUUGAGCAGAGAGGCUGCAGGGGCAUGUUCUAUACACCAAAACUGCUUCAUUAAGCUAAAGUUGUUCAGGUGACUAUAGUGUCCCAUUAAGCGUAAUAGUAAAUUAUCUUAUAGCAACAAAGUGUUACUUGCAAGUUACAUAAACAUCACAUGAAAUUAAUUGGGCUAUACACAGAAUGUAUACAGCAAUAAAAUAAUCGUAAAAUAAAACAACCCAAAUUACUCACCAAACAUCCCAGGAGCAAUUCAGAUCGUUCUGGGAACAGUACAUAUGAGACUAUUAAAGGAACACAAAGCACCAGAACCACUACAGCUUAUUGUAAUGGCCUUGGUGCCCAGAGGCUGUCUCUGCAUGCCGACAAAUGUAAGCAUUGCUGUUUCUGAAAAAAGGCAUUGUUUAAAUCUGUGAGUCAGAAUGUCUAUAGUGACUGUCAAUCAGACAACCGUAAAGGCACUUUCUAGUGAAGACUUAAAAAAAAAAAAAAAAGCAAAGUCUUCACGUUCGGCAUCACGGCAAAGCCAAACACUAUUAAGGCUCUCCGUAGAGAAGCAUUAUAAUGCUUUUCAAUGAGGAGAAUCCCACAGUACACCCCACAAUAAUUCUCUCUGGAGAUGCAUUGGAUUGUCUCAGAUCAUCCAUAUGGAUGUUCUCAGCCGCAGGUGGAGUGGUGGCAAGAUUGGUGCAGGACAAGUGUGAGUUUUACUUUAUUUUUGUAACAUUGUAAUGGGGUCCCUAAGUUUAAAAAAAAAAAAAAAUAUAUAUAUAUAUACAUACAUAUAAAACCAGGUAGAAUCCAUGCACUCACGCUGAAUAUAACUUGUGUGUUAACAUUUACCCACAGUGUUAAAUAAAAUUGCUGGGUGCUAGUCCAUAGGAGGAAAUAGCAAUACUCCAACACACGAACAUAAAUUCAAGGGCUGCACUCACGGUCUGAAUAAUGAAACUCUUAUUUUAUUCCAUAAGAAAGACGAACAGGAUGACAUGUCAUUUGAUCCUGAGGAAGGUCCCUGCACGGACCGAAACGUUGAUCCUGUUCGUCUUUCUUAUGGAAUAAAAUAAGAGUUUCAUUAUUCAGACCGUGAGUGCAGCCCUUGAAUUUAUGUUCAUGUGUUGGUAUAUAUAUAUAUAUACACACACACGUUUGUGUAUAUUUAUUACUGUAUUACUGAUAACAGUAUUUGUCAUACAAGCACAUAUACAUUCAGACUGCCGUAUAUGUACGUAACUUUGUCAGACUCACCGGUCUGUUAUUUCCCCAUACAGAGUCCGUAAUGGAGAGGGAUCGCUACAUGAGCCCCACAGAAGCCCAGGAGUUUGGCAUCCUGGACAAGGUGUUGGUGCAUCCGCCACAAGACGGUGAAGACGAACCUGAACUGGUUAGAAAAGAGGAUGUACAGUCUCCACCAACAGAGCCCUGACGAGGUAGAAGGCCCCCUGCUGGUGACUGCUUACACGUUGUGGAUGCUGCUUGGAGAAAGGGGUGCCCCAGUACACCCAGAAAUGUGACACAUACCGUAGCAGGCACCUGCCUGUCUAACCCUUUGAGUGCCAGCGGUGUUCACAAUACAAUGGACAUUCCUCUGCUGCUUCAAAGUUUAAAAGUAAAGUGUACAACCUCCUUCUAAAGCUCCUCUUUGCCAGAAGGGCGCCCAAACCAUGGUUUUGAAUAGAUAUGUCAGAUUUUCCUAUUUAUUGUACCAUUGAUUUCUAUGCUGGAAGAAUAUUCAUUUAUGUUACUCUUUUAAUGCAGAGCACUGCAGACCCCUGCUGGAGGAUAAUAUGCAGAGUAGAAAUUAUAUUCCAGCCCACGUCUCAAUAACUCCUCUCUAGUUCCCGGGUUGUGACAUGGUCUGUUAGUUUAGCUCCCCAAUGUAAUGUUUUUCUGCUUAAACCAGGCUCUUCUAGGCAGGCUGAAUCUUUGUUGGAAAUAAACUUAUUUUCACAUACACUUGAUACCACUCUUGUCUAAUUAAAAUAAAUGCAACAAUGUGUUCUGGAAAA